AUGCGUACAUCAUCUCUCCUCGCAACAACCGCCGUCCUGGGCUGCUCUCUGGCCGCAACAACACGACGCCCCAAGGCCAACUCCAAGAGCGCCCAGCCCUCGUACGACGAUAGCGACAACCCGCUCCCCCUCGUCAUUUGGCACGGCCUAGGCGACGACGCCGACAGCGAAGGCCUUGCCGAAAUCGCCAAGCUCGCCGAUGACAUCGCCCCCGGCAUCUUCGUCCACAUCAUCAACCCUACGCCGGACGGGUCCGACGACCGCACAUCCACCUUCAUCGGCAACGUCACUCACCAAGUGCAAAUAGUAUGCGACCAGCUGGCCAAGAACCGCGUCCUCUCCACCGCGCCGGCCAUCGACGCCAUUGGCUUCUCCCAGGGCGGCCAGUUCCUCCGCGGAUACGUUGAGCGGUGCAACUUCCCCCGCGUCCGCAACCUCAUCACCUUUGGCAGCCAGCACAACGGCAUCACCGAGUUCAAGCAGUGCGGGGCCCUGGACUACAUCUGCAAGGCGGCCAUGGCGCUCCUGCGCUUCAACGUCUGGAGCACCUUUGUGCAGAACCGCCUUGUGCCCGCGCAGUACUACCGCCCCGUGGAGGACAGCGACUACGCCUUGUACCUGGACGGGUCGAAUUACCUUGCGGAUAUCAAUAAUGAGCGGGACAAGAAGAAUGAGACGUACAAGGAGAAUCUCGUCCGCCUGGACAAUUUCGUCAUGUACCUGUUUGAGAACGACACUGUUGCCAUUCCCAAGGAGACGUCGUGGUUCGGAGAGGUCCAGGUCAAUGGGCGGCAUACGCCGUUGGAGGAGCGCAAGAUGUACAAGGAGGACUGGUUGGGUUUGAAGACCCUGGAUAGAAAGGGCGCGCUGAGCUUCAGGACCAUCAAGGGUGAUCAUAUGCAUAUUCCGGAGCACGUGUUCAAGGACGUCAUGACUGAAUUCUUGGGGCCAUUCAACAAGACGGCCGUUUCUGUGGACGGCUUUGAAUCCGAGGAACUUUGA